AAUUUGUCUCGCGUAAAUUUCAGCCACGUGGCUCGCUCUUCAACAUUUAGAGAAGCAGCUCGUGCUCGCAGCACGCAACGCCGCCGCAACAGUCUAUACAUCUUCACCUCCGGCUCCGCAGUUCCAAAAACCAUUAAGGGCUUCUUCAUCGCAUGAAUAACAAUCUCUAUUAUGUCAUAAUCAUAUACGGUUUCCUUUCCUUGACAUUCUAAAUUUCAGAAAGAUAGGGAUGGGUCAGGCAUUUCGUCGAGCAACUGGAAGGAUAAGACCUUCUGGUGGUACCAUCGAUCGGCAGCCACCGGCGAGACCCACCGAGAGCAAGGUGGAGAUUUCGAGGAGGUCUCGUGAAUCUGUUGCUCUUGAUCGUGAUGGAACUCCGGAAAUCAAUGCUGACAACAACCUAGAAGAGCGAGAUCCAAAAUUUGAUGCAAUGCUUAGUCAAAUGGUGGGUAGAAUUUCUUCUAAACCUGGAGGGAAAUCUGAGAUUGGAGAGGCAUCUGUGGUGGAGAGGUAUAACAGGCCUAUGCCAAAGCUACGGAAUACCAAACCAGAUUCUGCCAGGUUCGAAGAAAGGCCUACUCCUCCAGGAACCCUCAAUGUGGCGCAGCUGCGCCAAAUCAUGCUUUUAUAUCAAGGCAAAGCUGAUGAUCACAACGGGCCUAUUGAUGCCCACCAGAUUGCUGCAAAGUUUCGAGUUGAGUUGACUCAAGUGCAGAGGAUCUUGCAAUUCUUAUCUCUGCCUCCUGAGGAUACUAACAAAAAGAAAAGCUAUGAAUGAAAUUCAAUGGCUCUCCCUUGCUUCUUUGCUCUGGUAACUGAACCGUUGAAUGAUAGGAUACACAACUAAGGGCUGAAAAUUUUGCAAAGUUUCAUCAGUGAGCACAUUGUUUGAUAUUUCUCUUCAUAUAGAGCAACUAGGUGAAGCUCAUCGGCGAUUCACACCUGUGAGAUUCAGUAUGUUCCGAAUGAUUUAUUGUAUUUGUUUUUGCGUUCCUUGACCAAUUUGUUGGCAGGAUUACAAAAUUUUAUAUUCUAUUUAUGUUUCAGUACACUGUGACUCAA